AUGCGUUACACCUUCACCGCUGCCCUUCUGGGCGCUUCCUCAGUCAUGGCCUUGCCAGCAGCGCAGGCCGAACUUGAGGAGCGCACUGGCAAUCUUGCCUGCCUGGUCAUUGACUCAGUGGUAACAGCACUUUCUGCUGCUGCUUCAGCCAGUCCGUUCUGUUCCAGCUACUUGGGCAUCCAGACGUCGACCGUCUACACGACGUCGACAAGCACCAGCUACCUCAGCAGCACGAUCACGAGUACCACUGGUACCGACACUGUCACUGCCGAGACUUCUACCGUCCCCACGGUGACCUUGGACACCGUCACUGCUCCCACCGUCACGUACACGGCCACCGCAGACGCCGUGACGGUGACAACCUGUAUCAGCACGGCACCUGAGAAGCGAGGACUCAAGACUACUAGCAAGUCGUCUACCACAACCAUUGCAACUUCGACCAAGUCCAGCAUACCCACGCCGGACUGCCUGAAGAACCUCGCUGCCACUGCUGUCUCUCUGGCUUGCAGCUGUCUCCAGGUCCCCACCCCAACCAGCACGAGUACUAUUGUGUCGAGUGUGUACCCGACGACCUCUGUAACUACCCUCGUCGCGGCUACAACCACAACUACGCCGCUUACCACCCCCUACUACACCCCGGUGACCACACCUAGCACCACAGUUACUGUCACUCCCACUUCGACAGACAUCUACUGCCCCAGCCCGACCCCUGAUCUGUCUUGCUCCAACCAGGGCGCACAGUUUGCAUACUAUGUCUCGCCAUUUGGCGUGAACUCGGACGGGUCGUACUCGCAGUUCGAUCCUACCUACUUCAAGACUCAGACACCGACCGUCUCGGGCGUUGCUGGCUCUGCUGGCGGUAUCAGCGGCUCCUGCCCGUACACCUCGUCCACCUUCAGCUUCUACGGCUACACGGAGAACUGCAACAACAUUGCGCUCAACUACCGCGGUUACCUCUACGCAGGCCAGACUGGAUCUUUCACCUUCCAGAUCACCAGCGCAGAUGACAUUGUCCUCGUAUGGGCUGGAGCUACUGCUUAUUCUGGCUGGACCCGUGCCAACGCGCUGUUGGAUGUGACGUACCCCGAGCUCGGCGCCGGCUCCGGUGGCGGCGGCAGCAUUGUCGGUACCUACACUGCCACGGCUGGAGAGUACAUUCCGAUUCGCAUCCUGUUCAGCCAGGGUGACGGUCCUUUCGGCUUCAAUGUGCAGGUCACUGCACCUGACGGCACUGUCGUCCUGAGCGCGAGCAGCUCCACGAGCGACUACCUCGUCCAGUACUCGUGUGAUGGUACCACGGCUCCUACUUAUGCACCAUACGGCUCUGAGACGUAA